GCGGUUCACCUACAUACUAAAGAAUCCUCAUCCUCAAAAAUAAUCAAAUUCUGAUUCUUUCCAUGAAGCAAUGUGAUCGGAUCAAGAAAUAAAAGCUGGGCACAACCGCCCAGAGCAACGAAGUCACGAUGCUGAAUCUUCGCUCUAUGCAACCCAUCUCGCGUAAGUUUUAAAUAUUCCAACAUAUUUUAAUUUUGCUAAAUAUUCCCGAAGGAGCCCGUGUUGCCAGUACGCGAUGGUUUCAACACGGGCUGGCUUCCAACGUUCAGCCCCGACGUGCUACAUCGUCGAAACGCACCCCAACCAAUGAAGCCUUCGUAAGUUCCUAUGCGCUUAUUUUUAUUAGCCAUUUUCUAAUACAUAAAUAGUACGACUUCAAUGGAGUUCCCUGUGAUGACAAGGACCCGAACUCCCUCACGUGGAUGUACGCGAAGGACGCGAAGGCCCAGCAAGCCGGCUUAGCUCCUGGACACCAGUCGGGUCGAGUAUACCCAUCCGCCUUCAACAACAAGGAGAAACUCGCACUCUCGACACCCGGAUCGGCUCUGAAGCCCAACGGACCGCGUCAAUGGCUCCACAGUCCACUCGUACCAGGAACGACCGAGACCUGGACCCCGGCCUCGACAGAGAAGUCCGGAGUCCGAAGUGUGUACACAGCUGAUGAUCCCAGCAAGUUCGACGUCGUCUACCAUGAUAAUCGAGCUGGAGCCUCGGGCAAGAAGGGUUUUGGUAAAUUUGUGAAGGCGGAAUACCACCCAGCCGUCGAGGAGAAAGAUCGUGAUUGAUUAACCCUCAGAUGCACACUUGGGUCAUAGUCAUGUAGUUUUCGAUGGAUUGAGAGGCGGGGAAUGCCUCCCUUGUAUUAUUGUGCGCAUUUUGCGCAUUUUGCGGUGUUUUAGGAGGGAUUCAAAAGUGAGGAAUGAUUUUGUCAAUACGGAAACAUGUCGAAGCCUACUAGGAGUAGGCGCUGGUUUACCAUGAAUAGGAUUCAAAUCAAUCGGAACGAACCUUUGAUUCUUAAGUGAAGAUGUCAUAAUAUAUGGAUCUCAUACCCCGCAUCCGCGCACCACAUACCGCUCCGGCUGGUGCUUAACGUAUUUAUUAGCAUCCUUUCAAUCAAAUCCUCCCGAAUCUCCUACUGGGAGUCCUUGCAGAUUUGGGAUUUAGUCUAGGUGGUAUCUAGACCCACGAAUUUUCGGAUUCAUAGC